UUUUGGUCUACCUGUGUCUUCUCUCUGACUCUUGCGCCGGGGAAAAAACCCUGCACGUUAGAAGGACAAAUAAUUAAAGAAAAUACCUUAAAAGUAUGAUGGAGACAUGAUAACCAUAACUGAAACGGCGCUAAAAAAAGUUGCCUUUUCUGUUGCAGUAAAACAGUAAAAGUUUUGUCUCUCUUCCCCCACCUCUCCCUCCCUUGUGGAAAAUUUUGGUUCAUUGUCGUUUUCGCGCGCACUUUUGAAUUCAAGCGAUCAACAUGGCGUCUUCGGACGAGGACGAAGGAAUGCAUGGGGAAUUACUACCCAAAGUAGCCUUCAUCCACUCUGAGGACUCCGUCAACCUUUGCGAUAAGCUCCCUAAAGUCACAGGAAGGGCGAGUCUAACCAGCUCCUUGAUAGAGGCUUAUGGACUUUUGAAAGACAGAAAUAUCAGGGUAAUAGCUCCUAGGAAGGCAACUGCGUCAGAAUUGGCAGCUUUUCACUCAUCGGAGUAUGUGAACUGUAUGAGGCGUGCAGCAGAGGCCGUCAGUGAUGGGAGUGAGGAAUGUGAAGACCUUGUAGAAUUUGGUCUAGGUUACGACUGUCCACCUUUUGAGGACAUGUAUGACUGUGUGUCCAUGAUUGCUGGUGCGACACUGCUUGCUGCUGAUAUGUUGAAGACUGGCCAGGCAAAGGUAGCUGUUAACUGGCAAGGCGGUUGGCACCAUGCUCAAAGGGACGAAGCAGCAGGAUUCUGUUACAUCAAUGACAUCGUGCUGGGCAUCCUCAAGUUGAGAGAGAAGUAUGACCGGGUGCUGUACGUUGACCUUGAUGUUCACCAUGGCGACGGUGUGGAGGACGCAUUCUCCUUUACUCCCAAAGUCAUGACUGUCUCUUUCCACAAAUAUUCCUCUGGAUUUUUCCCAGGUACUGGCUCCUGUUGUCAAGUGGGACACGGCAAAGGCAGAUACUACACACUGAAUGUCCCAUUAAAGGACGGUAUCACAGACAGGCCUUUUGUGGAAGUCUUCACAAGGGUUAUGUCCAGAGUAAAGGCCAAGUUCAAGCCAGAUGCCAUUGUCUGUCAGUGUGGUGUGGACUCCCUAGCUGGUGACCCAAUGAAGGCUUUCAACCUCACCCAGUUUGCCGUUGGUCGCUGCGUCAAGUACCUCCAAGGAUGGAACUUACCCAUGCUUGUCCUGGGUGGUGGGGGUUAUAAUAUGGUCAACACGUCUCGAUGCUGGACAUAUGUGACAGGUGUCAUUUUGAACAGGCCCCUCCCACGCGACAUCCCAGAACAUGAGCAUUUCCUGUCAUAUGGACCAAGCUACCAGCUUGAUAUUGCACCAAGUUUGCAAGCUGACCUGAACAGCCCUGAGGACAUAAAGAAUACAAUCAGGAAGGCUUAUGGCUAUCUACAAAACAUAACAUGAUCCCUACCUGGAGUUUAGAAUUGAUAUUGAAUUUAUUUUAUAGAUUGUACAUAAAGUUUGCAUAUUUUCUGCAUUGUUUCUUUCAUCAAGUUAAUAUUUUUGUAUUUUUUAAGCAGUUUGUUUAUAUCAUACAUUUGUACAAAUUAAAUUCAAAGGUAUUAUUAUUUAAAGAAAUGACAACAAAAGAAAAGUUGUGUAUUUGUAAUAAAAAAGGCAAAAAUGA